UUCAUCGUUGAACCAGACCGCCAAGAUGCCGGGUCGCGGUCGAACCGGUCGGACCGGCCGGUCCGGUCCGGUUCUGACAACCAUGCUUAUUUGAGCACCUUUAAUAGAAAAACGGCGUCGUUCAGCUGAUUUUCAAUUUUUAUCUUAGCGUGGGUAAAUACUUAUCUGGGUAAAAAUAACUGAUUAAACAUUUUCAUAUUUCAAUUUAUCAAACGAAAUUCAUUUUUCUUGACUUUCAUUUUUCAAGAGACGAAAAUUCCCUUUGGGGAGGAAGAAGCCUCAUGGAUGCCGCGAACUCCGCCACCGCCGCCUCCAGCUCCGCCACCUCCGACGCCGUUAAGGGGGAGGGUAACCACAUGGAAUCUGUUAGUGGUGAUCUUGAAACGAAUUGUUGGGGCUGUGGACUUCGUGUUCUUGUUUCUCGUACCGCGUCUGUGUUUAAAUGUGGGUGGUGUGGAGCUAUAACAAAGCAAAAUGUGGCGAGAAUUGAUAGCAACUACACUCGGUUUAGACGCUUGAGGGACCAGUGCUUUGUCAGCAUCGUGCUUCUAUUCAUGCUCUUCUUUACAUGUGCUGGUAUGUGGGCUGUUAAUCCUAUAAUCUUCUCCGUCAGUUACUUCGUUGGUCUUCUCCACAUCACACUAGCAGCAAUAUUAUCCAUCUCUACGUUAUCAUCAUUUUGCCUUGCGGCAUUUCGAUCUGCCGGUACUCCACCGAUGAUACUAUGGGGUAGCUAUCCGGCAGUUGGGAAAGGUGGACUUGAAAAUCAUACGUACUGCCACUUUUGUUCAAAGCCGAAACCACCUAGGGCACAUCAUUGUCGUUCGUGUGGAAUGUGCAUACUGGACAUGGAUCAUCAUUGCCCUUUCAUUGGGAACUGUGUCGGUGCUGGAAAUCAUCGUCCGUUUAUUCUCUUUCUCAUAUCUACAGUCAUAAGUACACUUUACGUUGCUUUUAUGACUUCCUUUGCUGCACUACAUAUAUGGCCACCUCUAGAAGAUAGGAGUGUCAGCCAUAUCAGUGGGGUUGUUAGUACCGAGUUCGUUUACAGAGUGUUGAAAGAUAACGUUCUUUCAUUUCUGAGAUCGGCGGUUUUCCUAUCUGCAAGAGGACUCGUUCUUGUUUACCUGUUUAUAUCUAGUGUGUCACUGGGAAUUGGUUUGAGUGUGCUUUUGUGGCAGCAGCUGAGUUAUAUAUACGUUGGUAAGACUUACUUGAGUCAACUCAGUGCAGUGGACAGUGAAGAAACGACGGAAAGGGAUUGCCAGAAUCUGGUUAGAUUUUUCGAUUGUCCGUAUAAUGCAGCGGCGUAUUUGCCAAGUUACUGGAAAUCGGGGAAAAGUCAUAGGAAGUAAAGAUUCCGAGGUUAGAAAGGAACGACAUUGUUCCCGGUACACUUGUGAAAGAGUUCAUGAAGGGAGGAUGGACUAGGAAAGUGCUAGAAAUGCCGAUAAGUAAAUUUUGUAACCUGGUAUAGUACACGUGUUAUAUGCUGAGCUGGCAACCGAAAUUACGGAUCAGCAUUCAAUAUUGUAAGUUGUAGCCCCCUGUAUUAAGUGUGUUGUGGUAUAUCUUUCCUUCAUUGAAAAGAGCUUAUAGAAAAUAUUGUAAGAAAAAGACAUGUUUUUCGGGAUUUUUUCUUCUUUCUCCCUUUGUUUCACAAGUCACAGAGCUUAGUGUAUAGAUACGAAAACCGAUUAUUCUAUUUUUACGUAUAUCAUCUACAAGAUAGAUUUUAAUUCGUUAACGGGAGAGUGUGUUCUGAUU